AUGGAUAAACGCACACGAGAAUUGAGGGAACGUAUGACCGGCGGGGUAGGUAAAUCAAAGGGGGCAGAAAAGAAGGCCACCGAAACCGAAGAGAAGGCGGUUCAGGCUUGGAGGCCGUCGUUCCGACCGGAAGAUUUCAUGGAGGAAGUUCCGUCCAAAGGCCCUGAAACCGACAUAGCAGGUGCUUCUGAGACAACCGAUAAAAUUAAAGAAGAUGAGGCUGAUGGCUUGGACCUCAAGCUUUCUUUGUAG